AUGCAAAAGAUAUUAAGAUUUUCAGGAGAUGAGACAUCAUCGUCGUGUUUUUCAAUUGACAUGCUUAAUUAUCUUACAGAUGAAUUCAAAGAUGAUCAAUUAAUUCCAGACUCAAUGGAAAGAUGUUUGGCCAAAUCUGGAACAACACAAGAUGAUGAUCCUAUCAUCAGAAGAGAAGCCGAAAUACUAGAAAAAGUUUUUGAAGAUGAGGAGAUCCAACCAGAACAAGUUCAACCAAAAAUUAAACUCAAAGUUCUCCCAUCUCAUUUAAAAUAUGUUUACAUUGAGAAAAAUUAUUUCCAAAUCCUUAUGGAGGAUAGCUACAGGCCAAUAGUCCAGCCCCAAAGGAGAUUGAAUCCAGCAAUGCAGGAUGUAGUAAAAAAGGAGAUCGUAAAGCUUUUGGCGGCAGGGUAUAACCAAAUACCAAUUGCACCUGAAGAUCAGGACAAAACAACUUUCACAUGUCCUCAUAGAACAUACGCCUAUAGGAGAAUGCCAUUUGGUCUAUGCAACGCCCCUGCUACAUUUCAGCGUUGCAUGUCAGUAAUUUUUUCUGACAUGACUGAAAAAUUUCUUGAAAUUUCUAUGGAUGAUUUUACACUCUUUGGAUUACCCCCUCCCACAACUGUUAAAGGCAUCAGAAGCUUUCUAGGUCAUGCAGGUAAUUGUUUGAAAGCAUUUGAGACCCUUAAGGAAAAGUUAUCAACCGCCCCUAUAGUUGUGUCCCCAGACUGGAAUCAACCUUUUGAGGUCAUGUGUGAUGCUAGUGAUAUAGCAGUUGGAGCAAUUUUAGGCCAGAGAAAGGAUAAGAUCUUUCGUCCCAUUUACUAUGCUAGUAGAACAAUGAAUGAGGAUCAACUGAAUUAUGCCACAACAGAAAAAGAGAACCAAGUCACUGUUUUUACUGAUUAUGCAGCUUUAAAAUACCUCUUAGCAAAGAAAGAUGCUCGACCUAGAUUGUUAAGAUGGAUUUUACUUCUACAAGAAUUUGACCUUGAGAUAAAAGACAAAAAAGGAACAGAAAAUCAAGUAGCUGACCAUUUGUCUAGAUUAGAAAAUCCCCCCCUUGAGUUUAGCAAAAUAAAGGAAGAAUUUCCUGAUGAACACAUUUUCUCAGUUAAUUCAAUUGUGACUCAACCACCCUGGUUUGCAGAUAUUGCAAACUACUUGGUUGGAAAGUGGACACCCCAAGAUCUCUCUUACCAGCAAAGAAAAAAGCUUAUAUCUGAUGCAAAGUAUUAUUUGUGGAAUGAACCUUACUUGUUUAAAAAUUGCGCAGAUAAUAUCAUUAGAAGAUGUGUGCCUGAAGAUGAGAUGAGCAAACUUUUAUAUCACUGUCAUGAUGGAGCAAUUGGAGGACAUUAUGCGGCAAAUCGAACAGCCUUUAAAGUUUUGGAAGCCGAUUUUUUUGGCCGACUCUCUUUAAAGAUGCCCGAGCAUAUGUUGCACAAUGUAACAGGUGUCAGAGAACAGGUUAAUGAGUUGGAAGAACUGAGAUUAGUAGCUUAUGAAAAUGCAAGAAUUUUCAAAGAAAAAACAAAAAUCUGGCAUGACAAUUUGAUCCGACAGAAAAGUUUUCAAGUGGGAGAUCAGGUACUUCUUUACAAUAGUCGACUCAGGCUAUUCCCACGAAAGUUGAAAUCCAGGUGGACAGGUCCUUACAAUGUUACAGAUGUAACUCCAUAUGGUACAAUUGAAAUUCAGCAAAAUAAUGGAGGAGACAAGUUUAAGGUGAAUGGACACAGUCUAAAAAUGUACUUUGGAGGACAUUUUGAGCAGAAUUCGUCGGUCACUUUGAUAGACUGA